UGAGUGGAAUGUUUAUCCCCCAAGUAUACCUCCUCGAGUGGCAUAUAAGUACUCGUGGUUGAGAUGAAUACUUCAUUGUACAGUGCUACCUGCCAGAAUGAGUUCUUGUACCUUUCUGAUAAUCUUCCUCAUCCUCGUGAUGACAUCCGGUGAAGAACAUUACGAAAAUGAAAAGCGGUUUUUUGUUUGAGACAACUACAUCACAUUUUGCGGAUACCAAAUUGGCAGCCAUGGAAGCUUCUGUUCUGGAACUGAGAUCCAGAGUGCAAAAACUAGAGGAAGAGAACCAGAUUUCCAAUACCUUAGCCUACAGACUGAACCAUGAAUUUAACACCGUGCAAAGUCAAUUAAACGCAACAAUGUAUCACCAACAACUGAUGAAGGCUGAAUUAAACAACGAGAGUAUCAAGAACAUUAGACUCGUCGAUGCUUUCGGAAACGUGAAUUCUGUGCGGGGUCGUGUUGAAAUUUUCCACAAUAACUCAUGGGGCACAGUUUGUGACGAUUUGUUUUCUUCCGAGGAGGCUAGAGUGACCUGCCACAUGUUGGGAUGGAAGAAUCCUUCUCCAACUUAUCAUGGUAGUGCCUACUAUGGCCAGGGUCAGGGUUCAGUACUUUUAGAUGACCUUGGAUGUUCAGGUACAGAGAAGGCGCUGUGGAACUGCUCCAGCCGCGGGUGGUACAAGGUUGAUUGUGGUCACGGCGAGGAUGUCGGUGUGGAUUGUUUUCACUCCUCAACACAUUAUUGGUCUGCCUUCCAUGCUGAAACGACAUCUUCUUAUCGAAUCACAAGCAUUCAGAGCAACCAAACCUUAGCAUUUAGACAUGUCUUGUACAACGAGGGGGGACAUUACAGUACCAACGGACAAUUCACCUGCACCAUUCCCGGGACCUACGUCUUCUAUCUUGGUCUGAAGCCUCAUGGAAGUGUUCCGGUCAAAGCCUACAUCACCAGAUAUGGCUCCGACAAACUAGCUGUUGUGGACUCUGCAGACGGACAUGGUUAUACCCGUUUCGCCAGCAAUGUGGCAAUUAUAAAACUCUCGCAGAAUCAGAAAGUUUUUGUCCGAGUAGAUCAAGGUCAAUCAAGUGGCGCCAGACUUGAUAAUGAAAUGAACUAUUUCUCCGGUUUUCUGUUGCAGCAAAAUGUGUGACGAAUUGCUGUCAGUCAUAUGGUCACAUCCAGAUAUGAUAUCAAUGAUUACGAUCUUAAUCUCGGCCAACAUUUGGUGCCAUAUAAAAUAAACGAAAUAUUUGCUCAUGAAUGUAUAUUAUUUUCUUUAUCAAAUAAAAAAUGUCACCAGCUUCA